GAUCAAUCCAUCGUCACGGAGCUAAACGCAGCCACACUCCUCUCUAUAGCUCUCGCCUCACUGGCCAUCCUGGUAUCCUUACUUCGCCGGAAAACGGCAUCGAGCUCCGAGAAGAGGCGGCCUCCCGGUCCACGAUGUCUCCCCUUUAUCGGAAGCCUCCUCCACCUCCUGACGUCCAAGGCGCCGGUGGUUCUCCGGGACCUGGCCAGGAAGCACGGCCCAGUGAUGUAUCUGCGGCUAGGCCAGGUCGACCACAUCGUCAUCUCGUCGUCGGCCAUGGCGCAGGAGGUGCUCCGGGACAACACCCUGAACUUCGCGUCGCGGCCGAGCAUCCUAGCUGGUGAGAUCGUCUGCUACGGAAACCUCGACAUCGCCUUCGCGCCAUACGGAGCCUACUGGAGGACGCUGCGCAAGCUCUGCACGAUGGAGCUCCUCAGCGCGAGAAAGGUGAGGCCGUUCGCGCCCAUCAGGGACAGCGAGACUCUGUCCUUAGUUCGAGAGGUCGCCGCCGCCAGUGAAAGAGGCAUGCCGGUCAAUCUCCCCAGCGUGCUCCUGUCAUGCUCGAACUCCAUCACCGCCAAGGCGGCCUUCGGCGAGGUCUGCAACCCCGAGCUCCGGCAGCAGUUCCUGUCCGCGAUGGAGGUCGCGGUGAGCCUAGGCCUGGGAUUCUGCGUCGGCGACCUCUUCCCCUCUCUCUGGUUCGUGGACGUCGUUUCCGGGAUGAGACGCCGGCUCUGGCGAACGCAUCGGCAGAUGGACGCCGUCUUCGACACCAUCAAAGCCGAGUGCGAGUCGCGGCGACUGAAGAGGAAGACGGCGGGAAUGACCGAAGAUGAUGACAUCCUAACCGUCAUUCUUAGAAUCAAGGACGAGGGGGAGAUUGAAUUCCCCGUCGGCAACACAAACGUCAAGGCAAUCGUAUUCGAUCUGUUCAUAGGAGGCACGGAGACGACUUCCACGGCCGUCGAGUGGAUCAUGUCGGAGCUCAUGAGAAACCCGGAGGUGAUGAAAAAGGCACAAGCCGAGGUGAGACGAGCGUUUGACAACACGAAACCACAGGACCACGAGGAACACAUCGAGGAGCUGCCCUACAUGAGGAUGAUAGUCAAGGAGGCCUUGAGGAUGCACCCGCCGCUACCUCUCUUGAUUCCUCAUCUAUGUCGGGACACCUGUGAAAUCGGUGGGUUCAAGGUCCUUGCGGGAUCGAGGGUACUGGUCAAUGCUUGGGCGAUAGGAAGGAGCCCUGACUACUGGCAUGACGCGGAGCAGUUUAGACCAGAGCGGUUCGAGGAGAGCAAUUUGGACUACAAGGGCACGCACUACGAAUACUUGCCAUUUGGGAGUGGGAGGAGGAUGUGCCCCGGAAGUAAUUUUGGGCUGGCUGCCUUGGAGCUCAUCUUGGCACGAUUUUUGUACUACUUCGACUGGAGCCUCCCUGCUGGAACUCGACCGGAGGAGCUUGACAUGGACAUGGUCGUUGGCGCCACAUCCAAGAGAAGGAACCCGCUCAACCUAAUAGCGACACCGUAUAAUGUUUCGAUGAAAUCUCAGAGUUGAUAGUAUGAUUUGCAGUUGAU